AUGAAAAUACAAUCAACACUUCUAAUAUUCUCACUAUUGAUUGGAUCAAUAGCUGCACAAAUUGAUCCAACAUGUCAAGUCUAUAAAUUAAAUGGUGCACAAUUAGAUAAAUAUGGUCCAAUUCCACUGGGUGGUAGUGCCAUUACUUUCAAUGAUACAAAUAUUCCGGGUGGUGUCACCAGUUUUAAUUUCUCAUCAGCUAGUGGUAAAAUGGAUAAUGCCGGUAUCACUUUGACUAUCACCGGUACUUUGAUUCCAUCGAAUGGUGCUGCCGUUCCAACUAUGGAUGUAAUGAUGGUCUUCCACAAGCUCCAAAGUGGUACACCAAAGAAAGAACUUACUGCCAAUGCCUACGUACCAGUUGGUCCCGUCGAUACUAGCAAAUGGCAAUACUAUGAACUGGAUUCCUCGGUAUCACAAUUCAAAGUUCAUGGUGGAGUUGCUGAUGGUAUGGUUGUCUUGUUAAAUACACAUAUGGAUAUGCCAAUGCAAGUUGGUAUCGGUGCCUCUGGAAAGAAUGUAAAUAACGGUGCAUCCGGUUGGUUCAAUUUCAAAUUCAUGAAGAACGGUGUUUUGAACUAUACCUCUGACAUGGUUGUAGAUAUCAAUGUCGACAUCACUUGUCAACAAGAACCAUCGUGUGACUCUGGUAACUUUGAACCAACUGCCGCUCAAGGAUAUCCAUUGGGAGGUCAAGCCAUCUUUGUUUCUGCGAGUGACCUCAGUCCAUUCGGUGGAAACAGCAGAUUCGAUUUCGUAGACCACAGUUCACUCUUUAGUUUCUAUACCAACAAGACCGAAUUGUUCUUCUCUGGUAGAUUGGCACCUCUUGGAAAAUCAGAACCAUUGUUAACAUGUAACUUCCACUGGAAACAAAAUAUGGAUCCAAACAAUCAUCCAAAACUCGAACAACCAUCUUCGGUCUAUGUACCAAUUGGAACAAUCGAUCCAUCGCUCUGGACUUACUAUGAUAUCGAUGUUGUUGCCUCUCUUUGUAAAUCAAAGGAUAUGACAAUCAAGAUCACCGGUCAAAAGAUGAUGCCAAUGCAAGUCGGUAAGGGUGCCAAUGGAAAGAAUUCAAACUAUGGAUGCUCUGUAUGGCUCGACUAUUCUGUAAUUUUACCCAAUGGAACUGUUAUUCAAGAUCCAUCAGAUGUUUUCGAUAUCAAUGUAGACUUGGCAUGCGCUGCAAUCACAGGACCAGCUCCAACUGCAGCGCCUACUACUCCAACUCCAACUACUCCAACUCCAACUACUCCAGCUCCAACCACUCCAACACCAUCUAAUCCAUCUAGUACAACAGGUAUUCAUUCUUUAAAAUCUAUGAAAUUUAAAAUUGGAUCUACUUCAUCCAGCCCUAUUAACACUGCUUCCUCUACUUGUGGACAACUAACUGAAUAUACAUCCACAGGAUCGGGAAAAUUUACAAUUAAUUAG